GAGAAUCACGCAAUCACGUGCGACGGACCUCGGUGUUUGAUAGCAUCAUGCGUGUAUGAAUGAAGCCGUCAUCACGCAAACAGUUAUCAGACCAUCCACUUCACGCCGUCCUCGAAUUGCCACGUACUCUAAUAUUGUUUCCCUCCAUAAACCACUUCUCAAAUACAACAUUAGAAAGUCCAUCAUAGAUCUUUAUAGCUAAAAAAUCAAAAUGCCAGACCUUUCAAUCCUUAAAACCCCGGGCCCAUACCACAUCAUAACUUAUGGAACCCUUCUCGGAACCCAGUUCUUCCAAUCCUUUGUCAACGGAAUUGUAGCCUACAGAUCUCUUCCACGCCCCCAAUUUUCCGUCCUCCAACAAAACCUCUUCCCAAUCUACUUCGGUAUUCAAACUGCGCUUCCAGCAGUGCUAGCAAUUACUUAUCCAGGCUCGCGCACACACUUGGGAACUGUAUCAGGAAUCUCAGGGACCCUAGCCGAGGUUAAUAGAUGGAGUGUUAUGGUGCCAUUGGCUACGAUGUUCGUGACCGGAUUGGCGAAUUUGGUGGUUAUUGGACCGGCUACUACGAGGAUUAUGAAGGAGAGAAAACACCAGGAAACAAAAGAUGGAAAGAAAUCCUAUGAUGCAGCGCCACAUUCAAGAGAAAUGCAGAAGUUGAACAAGGCAUUCGGAAAAAUGCAUGGGGCUUCCUCAUUGGUAAAUUUGGUAUCUUUCCUUGCUACGAUUUGGUAUGGUGCUAGCCUUGCCGAGAGAUUGCAAUAGAUGAAUGUGAAACUCGAAAGCUGGUGGGUGGAUGAAUCUAACUUCCAGAGUUGGCAUGCGAGUAGUUGUAUAUAGCUAUAGGACGGGUCAACAUAAAUGUUGAUUAUUGGAGGUACACUUGCAGAGUCCACUGGAUGGUAGUUUGUGAUAUAUUUAUAUGAUGGGGUGUUAUCAUGUCCAAAAGGCUGCGGAGAUAGGUUAAUUGUGAGAGGAAUAUUUGCAGUUGUGAAGAUACUAUUGAAACA